UCUCCCUUAGCCAGAUCGUUUGAUCUCUCUCGGAUGGAGAAACCGCUGAAACAGAGGAACAAGAUCCUGGCCUUUCUGCCAAAAGCUGCAUCAGCUGUCACUUUCCAAGUAAGCCCACCAAUCAGCCCUGCUGGUAAAGGAUCUCCAGGUCCGAUCGUAUCCUUGAUUCCCAAGGAGGCUCCAAGGAAGUCCAAGACUGGGAGCUUUGAUGCAUGGGAACCAGCCUCACCAAAAGUUUCGUGCAUGGGCCAAAUCAAGCGCAAGAAAGAGAAAAAAGAAACUGUCAGGCUCAGCAAACCUAAGCUAGCUUCUCAAGCAUUUACGGAUGAAGUGAAGAGGAAGCCUUUGGUUUUUGUGAUGCAUAAGGUUUUGAAAGGGACAAAGCGUGAUCAUAAAUCUGAUGUUUCCAAGGCAAAGGUUGCUGAAAGAGUUCCUUCCCUUGGCCAGAUGAAGCAAUUUUCUAGCGCACGUGGCACGUUGUCAGAUUUUGAUUGGAGGGCUUAUGAUGCAGCAGGGGGAACAGGCCCCGUAAGCAAUCCUUUGUACGAGGAAAAUGGAGUGAAAAGUGAAAAGGAAGAAGAGAUUGUUGUCAAUGGUGUUGGAAUAGCUGAAGAAACAAGAAAAGAAAAUUUGUGGAAAAGAAGAACCACAGCUCCUUGA